UGCUCGUUUGAAGGAGCGGGGGUUCCUUGUAACAAUAUAGUACCCGAUACGAUUGCCAAAGUGUCGUGUGCUGAUAGUUAUAAAAUGCCGGCACAACUAGGCGAUUCCGCUUCCUAUGAAAUGACCUGCAAAAGCGAUGAAAAUUGGAGUAAAAGGAAAGCCAAUUGCGAACCGAUUUGCGGUCGUUACGCAUCAGAUAGCGCAUCAGUAGCACCAUGGCACGUAGGUGUCAAAACAUAUUUGAACCAGAUGUGCGGAGGUACUAUUGUCUCUCCAAGUAUUGUGAUAACUGCUCUACAUUGCGUCCAAUUUGAAGAUGAACCAGCUCUUAGCGUCGACAAAGUUGUAGUGAUAAUCGCGGGGAAUUCAGUCAAUGUGUCGGAGAUUAUCGUAGGAGGACAAAUCGAUGUUGCCCUACUAAAACUAAGCGAAAUACUUACUUUGAGUAAGAGCAUAAGACCGAUAUGUAGAACUGAGAGCGAAUACAUUGCAAGCUCCACAAAAGCAUUUCUUCAUGGUUGGCCGAAAGAUACAAACAAAGUCACAGAUGUAUUUCAUAAGACCGAACUGGAUGUAUUGCCUCGUCAUAACUGCGGCGCCAAUUUGAAUGAAACGUAUAUUUGUGUGCGCCCCGCAUAUAAACUUGACAGAAAUGAAACCCUGUGCGAAGGAGAUAGUGGAAGCGGGAUCAUUGCCGAAAGCAACGGCGUGAACUAUAUAAUUGGCAUACUUAUUUUUAAGCCCAGCCGCAAUGUAAAAUGCACAAACGAGCCUAUUGUUGCCGUCAUGUUUAACCAAAUACCAAAAUCACUGAAAAUUACAAUUAUCUUGGACAAAGAACCUUUGUAUGACAUGGAUCUACCCAUGAAUGUAAUGGAAAAGUAAAAAUUUCAAAAUUUCGACAUUGAAAGAAAUAAAUACAUAAAGUAGCUGUACCCCGGUGUGACCCGCGGUUUAUUAGGAAAACAAAUUGAGUAUUAAAAGUAAAAAUAAUAAAUAUUCUCAUCUUGAGAAGCAAAAUAA